UCUUCCAACUUCGACCCAAAUCAGCCCAUUCCUCACAAAUCCCUCGACAACACCUCUCAGCCCAUCCCGAGUCAUCCUCAAAGCUCGACUCCAUUGCCCGACGCAAACCAUCAACAAGAUGUUCCUGCAACGCUCCGCCCUCACUGCGGCUCGCCGCGCCGCCGCUCGACCUGCUGUCGCUCGCACCUUCACCACCUCUUUCGUCCGCCGAGAUGCUGCCCGUCCUGCCACCCCCAACGAGCAGGCCGCUGCUCUUGCUGGCACCGCCGAGAAGAAGGUUGGCUCCUACAAGACUCUGAAGGAGAUCCGAACUGAGGAGGAUCUCUUCGGUCCUGGUGCCGCCCCCGGAACCGUCCCUACCGAUCUCGAGCAGGCCACCGGUAUCGAGCGUCUCGAGAUUCUCGGUAAGAUGGAGGGCGUCGACAUCUUCGACAUGCGCCCUCUCGACGCCAGCCGCCUCGGAACGAUGAAGGAUCCCAUCAUGGUCCGAUCCGCCGGCGAGGAGCAGUUCGCUGGCUGCACUGGUUUCCCCGCCGACUCUCACAACGUCCACUGGCUCGGCAUCACCCGCGAGCGCCCCAUCGAGCGAUGUCCCGAGUGCGGCAGCGUCUACAAGAUGGACUACGUCGGUCCUGAGGACGAUCACCACCACCACCAUCCUCCCGAGUUCGAGGAGCCCAAGACCUUUGCCGAUUACAUCAAGCCCGAGUACCGAUACAAAUAAAUGCAUUAUAUUACGCUGAGAGGUAUUGAGGAGACUGGGUCGUAGCAUUAAGGGAAAACUAGAUGGAUGUGCAUGGUGCCCCCGGAGAGAGGAGCCGUUUUGUGUAGAAUAGGGUGCCUUUAUUCCCUGUGUCAAUUUACUAAGUUAGCUUCCAGAAGUUGAUGUUGACUAUAUAUUGGGCUUGUUGUGUUUGUGACAAUAGCAGUUUGAUCCAAUUGAGCUUGUAUACAUCAGGAAUGACUUUCCAGGCUUCCAUAGUCUGGGUAUAGCUGGAUUGUGAUGUCAUUUCGUGGUACGGAUGUGAAACAUCCAUUUGCGGUUAUGAAACUCAAUACUGCCAAUAAGAUGUGCCCUUUCGCAAGACGACGAGUAUUCGACCGUAUGUCUGGCGCACCCUCAUCUAUUUUCUGACUUCCAGUCCUGAGAUUGUGGGAGUCUGGGCUCUCAUCUGGUCGAUGCUGGAUAUCAAAGUCGUGUGAUAACAUCGUAUACCGGCUGUAGAUGGAUAUAUGAGCGUGAUCCUUGUGAUGCUCAUGGAAGCUCUGAGUGAUGAGAAACGUGUGUCGUUGAGCUCACUCAUGGCGUUCAACCUUCAUCUUCGUCAAAGCUCAGCUUAAUCUUUUUGGCCUUCUUUUUGGGUUUGCGAUUCUUUGCUGACUCCUUUUCGGUAUCAUCCUUCUCCUUCUUCUUGUCCUCUCCUUUGCCCUCAUCAGAAGCCUCACCGAUGACUUUUCCAACCUUUCGUUUCCUUCCUCCAAUAGCAGCUUUGCUCUCUGACUCUUUGGCGGUUUCUUUCUCUGCUGCAGGUUCCACGUCGUAAUCUCCAGUGUCUUUGACAACUCCAUCCUUGUCGACCUCAAGACUCACAACGUUUCCGUCUUCAUCUACGACAAGCGGGACAUCUUCUGCCUCCUCACUGCUGGAGCGCUUCUUAGCUGACCUCCGUUGCGCAGCGAGUAGUGGAUCAGGCCCUGUAGCACCAGCAGCUUGAGCCCUUAGAGCAGCGAGGAAUGGCGGUGCCGCUGCUUCGGUGUCGUAAGACAGGUUUUUUGAGUUGAUUUUGGGUGCCAUGUUUGGUGAUGCAUGAAACAGACUAGAUACAGCUCUGUUUGUUAUGGUUGGUUGAGCUGUAAGCGAUUGGGUUGCGGCUCUUUGUCAGCGGGACGGGCUUCUUGACGGACGGGAGGAUUCGUUGAUCGCAGGCAGUUCUUGAUGAAGCGGAAUCAAGAUCCAAGAUUCAAUCCCAGCCUAGAC